ACUCACUCUCACAGCCAUUCAUUGCUUACACUCAACUCCCUUCUGGGUUUCAUUGUCAUCUCUCCUCUCAUAAUUCAAGCAAAAAGACAGCCUUUGCUUCAAUCCAUUAUUCUCAUUUUCGAAUCUUUCUCCUGGGUUGUUAUCAUUUCUCACCUUGUGUUACAUAGAGCUUUUUUUUGUUCUGGAACUCUCUGGAUUCAGUCCAGACUUGAAAGCACUUUUGAAGUUGUAUUUGGGUUAAGCACUUUCUUCAAGUGAUCUAAGCUCAUGGAUGUGGGAGAAACAAAAUGUUCCUUCAAGUACGGCAAGCCUCCGUGGAUUUUCAGAGGCAGAGCAUUGUAUCAACUCCAUUUGGUCAAGGCAGCGACUAUUCGAGCAUGCAUCCCUAAAGAGUUCAGAUUGGUUGAAGCAUUUGGAUAUACUCUUGGCGGGUUUUUUCUUGCUAACUAUGAUGACAGCCCAGCUGGAGUCUUUGAUGAGGACAUGUGCAUUUACUUCUCCCACUAAGCUUGUUGUGAUUGCUGGACUUAUAUGGAGCCCUCCAACGUCUUGCGCAUGGGCAGCAAAGGUACUUGUGAAUAGCAAAGAAGCUUGUGAUCAUGGGCGAAAGGAAGUAGGCCUUCCAAGUCAAGUUGCAAGGUUUUCUAAGAGAAUUACAGCAGUUUCAAGGAAACCAAAGACCAAACAAAGUGAAUUUCUAAACUUAAUUGGUAUGAAGGGUGGUUUCUCUGAUCCACGAGAGCAGGUGAAUGUUCAAGUGACUGAAAUCAUGGGUCAAGCCUCAAAAGAUACCUGUAAUGUCAACCUUACCACUUUCGUGCCUGCAUUGGACAUUAACAAGUGGAUGGGACCAGCAAUCAAAAUGUCACUUCCAAGUUUUAGCGGUCGUACAGAGUAUUAUCCUGACCUUCUUAAGUACUCUUGCCAGAUCGACUGCAGGGUGCGAGUAGUGCAUCCAGCUAAAGUAUCGGAGCCAUCUCCUGUGCCAUCGAAUGAGAACGAGAACAAACAAUGUUCAGAAAUUCAUAGCUGCAAUACGCCUCCUGUGCCAUCGAAUGAGAACGAGAACAAACAAUGUUCAGAAAUUCAUAGUUGCAAUACGCAGAAUCAAGCAACUAAAGAAUUCAUGGACAAUGAGCAGAACCUUACCAGAGCCGUGAUGCUAUCAAAGCCCAUUUUGGCAUUGGAGUUCAGUUCUAUGAAAAUGCAGGUUGAAGCUCCGGUUGUAGUUUCCAACUACUUUAAGAACUCUUUAGCAACCUCUUGAUUUCUUGAUCA